AAUUCCUCAGCUAAUGAGAGAGGAGGAUGCUGCUGCCUUACGGCACCUGCGUCAAAGUCGGCUUACUUUACUCAAGACUGGUGGUGACUGAAGUGCUUACAGAUUUGGAGGCAUUUGGAUGUAGGUGAGCCGCCUCAUUCGUGCUCUCCGUACCCCCUUCCCACGUCUAUCGCCCGGACGGCCACUGACUGCGUUCGGUGUCCUCCCCGCGGUACCCGAAUCAUGCCUGUCCCCGCUGGAUACCUCCGUAACACCCCCAUGGCCUUCACAUCCUCGGCCUCGCUUAUCCCGGCUCCCCCGAUCAACACCCACCAGCCCGGGGUUGUCGCCUCGCUUCUGUACAGCGGCUCCAAGUUCCGAGGACACCAGAAGAGCAAAGGCAACUCCUACGAUGUCGAGGUUGUUUUGCAGCAUGUGACCAUGGAAGCCUCAUACUUGUGUGGGUACUUGAAGAUCAAAGGGUUGACAGAGGAGUACCCCACUCUGACUACGUUCUUUGCUGGGGAGAUCAUCAGCAGGAAGCGUCCAUUUCUAACCAGGAAGUGGGAUGCAGAUGAGGAUGUGGAUCGCAAGCACUGGGGCAAAUUCCAAGCCUUCUACAAGUAUGCAAAAACGUUCAACUCGGAUGAGUUUGACUAUGAUGAGCUGAAGAACUCUGACUACAUUUUCAUGAGGUGGAAGGAGCAGUUCCUGGUCCCUGAUCACACCAUUAAAGACAUCAGCGGUGCUUCCUUUGCUGGUUUCUACUAUAUCUGCUUCCAGAAGUCCACAGCCACCAUUGAGGGGUACUACUACCACAGGAGCUCAGAAUGGUACCAGUCUCUGAACCUCACCCAUGUCCCAGAACACAGUGCAGCCAUCUAUGAGUUUCGGUGACCCAGGAAAUGUGGCUCUGUUGGCUCAGAAGGACUGUAAAGGCCUGCAGAAGCUACUGAGGCUGGGGAAGGACUGGGGAGAAGGGAACAUGGAAACUGUUGUUACGAUUACCAAGAGUACGUCUGAGGAUGAAGUAAAGGAAAUUAUGGAUUUAUUGAUGGACAGAUGGAAGGUCUUUUAGGCUGGAGCUUUCACAGAUUAAGGGAUGGAAAGAUGGAUGCAAAAGACUGAGGGAAAGGACUGCUCUGCCCCAGGGCAGGCAGGAACUUCAGUUGUAAGCUUGGGGCAGACAGUUGCAGCAGUGUGAUGCUUUAUAAUUUCUUAAUUUGUUUUAAUGUCUGGUUUAAAAUAUAUUGUUUUCUUUCACUCGGCUGCUUUGAGGUCGAGUCCUGGACUCCAUUACUACAGCACUUAUCUUUGGACACUAUAAAUACAGCUGAAGAUUCCCUCUUGGGGACUUGUCUGCUGUUAUCCAAUCACAGCUGAACAGAUAUUGGACAAGGAUUCUUCUAGAAUUUUACUCUAUCAAAUGCUGGGUCAAUUUUGAAGCUGAAUGUCAGCGGUUGGAAUAAAGUUUACUGAUCUUUGAACUACAGGUCAGGCAUCUUUUGGAGUGGAGCUUUAAAUAAUUUAUAGCUCAUUGAAUGACAGUGUUAUUGUUUUAUUGGAAAUCUCAGCUAACUUCUCUGAUUGCCUGUGAAGAGAUUUUGUAAGUUAUAUCUUCAGCUACCCAUUCUAAAGCUUCAGAAGACAGAGUAAUGAGUGUCUGGAGGUCUCUGACUAACGAGGUAACAUUCAUGAUUGCUUCUGUUACUGGAUUUAUUUGCCACACAUUGUUGUUUAACUCCAGUGCAACACUGCUAACUCAGUGUACAUACAUAACGCCACACGUAGAUCCUGGUUGGAUUUGACAUGGAAUCAUGUCAACACUGCUAACUCAGUGUACAUACAUAACGCCACACGUAGAUCCUGGUUGGAUUUGACAUGGAAUCAUGUCAACACUGCUAACUCAGUGUACAUACAUAACGCCACACGUAGAUCCUGGUUGGAUUUGACAUGGAAUCAUGUCAACACUGCUAACUCAGUGUACAUACAUAACGCCACACGUAGAUCCUGGUUGGAUUUGACAUGGAAUCAUGUUAUUAGCCCCAUGCAGUCGGCAGCAUUUUACUUUUCACUGACAAAAAAAUCCAUGCCCCCUCAUCGUUAACUAUGCAACAUUAUUUAACAGUACAACUGAUUUCAACCAUACAACUCGUUUUCAGAAAACAGAUUUAUUCUAUCAUGAUAGUAUUAAACGUCUCUUUCUCAUUAAAGGAAAUAUCGUGUCUAAUUGCCUUUUAAAGCAGUCCCUUGCCAUGGAAUGGUGCCAUCUUUUUAAAGCUUAUCAAAAUGUGUGUGUGUGUGGACUGAAAGUAGAUUGGUGUGACUAUGAGGAAUGGAGUAAAUCAUAUCAAAACGCCUUGUCUUUUUCUUGAAAAAUAAAUGACUGUUGUAUUAACUGUACUGCAAUGACAUACUAGCAAUGAAUCCUGCUCUUUAUAUUUCUUCAUACAAACACCUACAAGGAACUGAAUAAAUAUUCUAUCUGGUUGUAUAUUCUGAACCACAUCAAGGUCAA